CGUCCCCUCCCCUCCCCUCUCUCCCUCCCACCCCAAACCGCUUUCACAAACUCCUUUCUUACCGUAGGUUUCUCCCCUCUCGCCGCCCGAGCGAGCGACACGGCUGCGGCCCCCCUCCCCUCCCUUCCCUCCCUCCCUCCCAUCCCCCCCUCCCCGAGACCCACCGGACCCUGAACCCAGGGUGACGCUCCCCAGUCCCCUGCCCCCCACCCCGGCAUCAUGCAUCGGACCACACGGAUUAAAAUCACCGAGCUGAACCCUCACCUCAUGUGUGCCCUCUGUGGGGGGUACUUCAUCGAUGCCACUACCAUCGUGGAGUGCUUGCAUUCCUUCUGUAAAACCUGCAUUGUACGCUACCUGGAGACCAACAAGUACUGCCCCAUGUGCGAUGUACAGGUGCACAAAACCCGGCCGCUGCUGAGCAUCAGAUCUGACAAAACCCUUCAAGACAUCGUCUACAAAUUGGUCCCUGGGCUUUUUAAAGAUGAGAUGAAACGGAGGCGGGAUUUCUAUGCAGCCUACCCCCUGACAGAAGUUCCCAACGGCUCCAACGAGGACCGUGGCGAGGUUCUGGAGCAGGAGAAGGGAGCUCUGAGCGACGACGAGAUUGUCAGCCUCUCCAUCGAGUUCUACGAAGGCGUCAGGGACCGGGAAGAGAAGAAGGGCCCCCUGGAAAAUGGGGAUGGUGACAAGGAGAAACAGACAGGGGUGCGCUUCCUGCGAUGCCCAGCAGCCAUGACUGUCAUGCAUCUAGCCAAGUUUCUCCGCAACAAGAUGGAUGUGCCCAGCAAGUACAAGGUUGAGGUUCUCUAUGAGGACGAGCCGCUGAAGGAAUACUAUACCCUCAUGGACAUCGCCUACAUCUACCCCUGGCGGCGGAAUGGCCCUCUCCCCCUCAAGUAUCGUGUCCAGCCAGCCUGCAAGCGGCUCACCUUGCCCACAGCGCCCACCCCCUCCGAGGGCACCAAUACCAGCGGGGCGUCUGAGUGUGAGUCAGUCAGCGACAAGGCUCCCAGCCCUGCCACCCUGCCGGCCACCUCCUCCUCCCUGCCCAGCCCAGCCACCCCCUCCCAUGGCUCUCCCAGCUCCCAUGGCCCCUCGGCCCCCCACCCGACCUCCCCCACUCCCCCCGCGACAGCCGGUGGGGCCACCACAGCUGCCAACGGGGGCACCUCGAACUGCCUGCAGACACCGCCUUCCACCAGCAGGGGGCGCAAGAUGACUGUCAACGGAGCUCCCGUGCCCCCCUUAACUUGAGGAAAGGGACCCUCUCCCUCCUUUUCCAGCAAUGCCUCUCCACCCCUCCACUUUUUCUGGGCCCCCUUUUCCACCUCUUCUACUUUCCCCAGCUCCCCCCACCUUAGGGGUCGGGGAUGGGUUUUAUAAAUAAAUCUAUAUAUAUAUGUACAUAGGAGAAACCAAAUAUACAUACUUAUUUUCUAUGGA